AUGCACAAAUAUGUCUUUGAAUUAGUUCACCGUUCACUCUGCGACCUACUUGAUGACAACGAUCAGCCAUUCGGAGGGAAAAUUGUCCUACUCGGGGGAGAUUUCCGCCAGAUUCUAUCGGUAAUCCGCCAAGGCAAUGAAGCUGACAUAGUUGACAGCACCCUGAAACGUUCUUUUCUCUGGAACUCGAUCACUAUUCGUCACCUCACUCAAAACAUGCGUUCUUGCCAGGCAACAUCGCCCACCCUCCCAUUCCAGGAUUUCCUCCUCUCCAUUGGUGAUGGAAAACGACCAACAGAACCCGAAAUCGACAAAUGUGCCAUACAGUUGCCUGACAACAUCUGCAUCCAACACCCAGAACAACAAGGCCUGCAAAAGCUCAUUUCAGCUGUUUUCCCAGACACCACCAACAUCAACUACCAUCGAGCCAUCCUCUGUGCCAGGAACAACAACGUCGAUAAAAUCAAUGACCAUAUCAUACAGACCAUGCAACACCAUGGACCAGCAGUGACAUACUUCAGCGCAGACAGCGUCUCUGACGAUGCUCAGACAUAUAUGUAUCCAACUGAAUUCCUGAACACCUUGAAUCUGUCCGGACUUCCUCCACACAAACUCACACUCCGCCCAUCUACACCUGUCAUCCUAAUCAGAAAUCUCGACCAAAAAAAUGGUUAA